AUGAGCAACACACAAUUUACAGAUCGGGCUAACAAGGCCCUGCUCGAUGCAAAUGCUCUCGCCGAACAAUAUGCACACAGUCAAAUCCUCCCGCUACAUCUUGCUGUGUCGCUUUUGAAUCCUCCAGCUGGUGGUCUGGACGAUGAGGGGCAACCUGCUGGGGUUGCCGGGGAUUCAAGCACAGUACCACUUUUCAAACAGGUUGUUGAGCGAGCGCAUGGAGACCCUCAGCUAUUAGAACGGUCCUUGAUGAAACUGCUUGUUCGUCAACCAAGCCAAGACCCUCCACCAGAACGAGUUGCCGUUUCUCCCGCCCUCGCAAAAGUCAUCCGAACAGCGACGGAGCUGUCCAAGACUCAAAAGGAUAGUUUCGUCGCUAUUGACCAUCUGAUCGUUUCCGUCGUCCAAGAUAGUCAGGUUCAGAAAGCUCUUGCCGACGCCAACAUACCGAAUGUGAAGCUUAUCGACAACGCUGUAUCGCAGAUUCGUGGUACUAAACGGGUAGACUCCAAGACUGCUGAUGCUGAGGAAGAACAUGAGAAUCUGAAGAAAUUUACAAUCGACAUGACAGCUCUCGCUCGGGAAGGAAAGAUCGACCCUGUGAUUGGACGAGAGGAAGAAAUCAGACGAGUGAUUCGCAUUCUCUCUCGACGAACCAAGAAUAACCCUGUCCUCAUCGGUGAGCCUGGUGUUGGUAAGACCACCGUUGUUGAAGGACUUGCUCGCCGAAUUGUUAACGCCGAUGUGCCUGCAAAUCUCUCCCACUGCAAGCUCUUAUCUCUUGAUGUCGGUUCUUUGGUUGCUGGUAGCAAGUACCGCGGUGAAUUCGAAGAGCGUAUGAAAGGUGUGCUCAAAGAGAUCGAAGACUCUCGCGAAACUAUUGUCCUCUUCGUGGACGAGAUUCAUCUGUUGAUGGGUGCUGGAUCAAGCGGCGAAGGCGGUAUGGAUGCGGCCAAUUUGCUCAAACCCAUGUUGGCUCGUGGUCAACUUCACUGUAUCGGUGCCACCACCCUUGGAGAAUAUCGCAAAUACAUCGAAAAGGACCAAGCUUUUGAACGACGAUUCCAACAAGUUUUGGUCAAGGAGCCAUCAGUCCCGGAGACCAUCUCAAUUCUCCGUGGUCUCAAGGAGCGAUAUGAGGUCCACCACGGUGUCAACAUUCUCGAUGGAGCUAUUGUAUCAGCCGCAACACUCGCAGCUCGGUACCUCACAGCUCGUCGACUCCCAGAUUCUGCUGUUGACUUGAUCGACGAAGCCGCCGCCGCAGUUCGUGUCACACGUGAAUCCGAACCCGAAGCCCUCGACAACUUGGAGCGGCGACUACGUCAGCUACAGAUUGAAAUUCAUGCCUUGGAGCGUGAAAAGGAUGCUGCUUCGAAGUCUCGUCUUGAACUCGCCAAACAGGAAGCCGCGAAUGUCUCCGAGGAAUUACGACCUCUUCGUGAGAAGUACGAACAGGAAAAAAAGCGAAGCAAAGAUAUUCAAGACGCAAAGAUGAAGCUUGACUCUUUGAAAGUCAAGCGAGACGAGUCCAUCCGUUCCGGAGACACUGCCACAGCCGCCGAUAUUGAAUAUUACGCUAUCCCAGAAACUCAGGCUCUGAUUCAGCGACUUGAAGCUGAACGAGCCAAGGCUGAUGCCGAGGACCGUGCUCGCUCUGGAAAUGAAGGAGAAACCGCCCUCAUGCCCGAUGCUGUUGGUCCAGAUCAAAUCAACGAGAUUGUUGCUCGCUGGACCGGUAUUCCUGUUACUCGACUCAAGACCACCGAGAAGGACAAACUGUUGCACAUGGAAAAGCAUUUGGCCAAGAUCGUUGUUGGUCAGAAGGAAGCUGUCCAAUCAGUCUCCAAUGCAAUUCGUCUGCAGCGUUCUGGUCUCGCCAACCCCAACCAGCCUCCAAGCUUCCUCUUCUGUGGUCCUUCUGGUACCGGUAAGACACUUUUGACCAAGGCGCUUGCGGAAUUCCUCUUCGACGACCCCAAGGCUAUGAUCCGGUUCGAUAUGUCCGAAUACCAGGAGCGUCACUCUCUCAGCCGAAUGAUUGGUGCUCCUCCUGGCUACGUUGGUCACGAUGCUGGCGGUCAACUUACUGAGAAUCUUCGCCGUCGACCAUUUUCGAUUCUCUUGUUCGACGAAGUCGAGAAAGCCGCCAAGGAAGUCUUGACAGUCUUACUCCAGCUUAUGGAUGACGGACGUAUCACAGACGGACAAGGUCGCAUUGUUGAUGCUAAGAACUGUAUCGUUGUCAUGACUUCCAACCUUGGCGCAGAGUACCUAUCUCGCCCAACAACCAAAGAUGGCCGCAUCGAGCCAUCUACUCGCGAAUUGGUCAUGGGUGCGCUACGCGACUACUUCCUACCCGAGUUCCUCAACCGUAUCUCCAGCAUCGUUAUCUUCAACCGCCUCACUAAACGUGAGAUUCGCUCUAUUGUCGACAUCCGUCUUAACGAAAUCCAACGCCGUCUGGAACAAAACGGCAAAGACAUUAAGAUCGAUUGCAGCGAAGAAGUCAAAGACUAUCUCGGCGAUGCCGGAUACUCACCUGCCUACGGUGCUCGCCCAUUGUCUCGCCUCAUUGAGCGCGAGGUUCUCAACCGUCUCGCUGUCUUGAUCUUGCGCGGCAGCAUCAAAGAUGGCGAAACCGCCCAGGUGGUCAUGAAGGAUGGUCGUAUAGAUGUCCUUCCGAACCAUGCCGGUAGCGACAUUGACGAUGCGGAUAUGAUGGACUCGGAUGAUGCAUUGGCUGAAAUUGAAGAGAAUAGUGGUGACAUGGAUCUUUACGAAUAG